GUGUCAAUUCAAGGCUGUCUAUCUCAAAAGAAUUGCUGUUAAUUUGGACUCAUGGUCAAUGAAUGAGACGCUCAUUUUGGCAGCAACAAUUAAGCACAUCGACUGAUGCGCGAACGACGAAAACAUUGACCUUUCCACCAAAGUAGUUGUUAUACUCUGCCGCGAUCAGUAUCAUUUAGACUUUUUGAGGUAGACCUAAACAAUCGCAGAGUGGAUAUAAAAAUCUCAAUGUUAUCAUUAGAAUUGACCUGUGGUUAACUCAAAAUUUCUCUAAUUUAAUAUGUUUAUUUUUUUUAAUAAGUUCGAUUUAUGGAAUCUGAGAGCUGUCGGUUUUCGAUACCUAUCUCAGCCUCAUAACUUUAAAUUUCUCUCGUCUUCUUAUGCUGUAAUUGAAUGCCAUCACUGCUGUAAUAUCCCCUCCACACUUAUGCGGCGCGAUUCCCAACGCAACCGGUGCGCCCACGUGCGUGAACUGUCAAUUCAUGCCUCAAAACAGGCUCGAGUCAUUGUUGUCAAAGUGUGUAGUGAAAAAAGUCUAGAAGAUACAUGACAUUGAAUGCUACUCAUUUGCGAAUAUUUAGUAUAAUUAAUUUGUGAUAAUGGCCAGAAAAACAGUUGGUGAAUAUUCUAAUUCUUCUGAAAAAAGGAAGAGAAAAUGGGAGAAGCCUAAAUUACGAUUGCUCCCGGUCGGUCAAAGUGCUAGUUUAACCCUAAAAAUUGACAGUGAAAAACGUAUACCCUUAUUUUUAAGUGAUGUGCAGCAUUUACUAAUUUAUACUCUGAUAGGAAACCGUUCUCCGUGUUUACCAUACAGAUGGUGUCGACUUGAAACAACAAGCAACAUUUUACACACCAAUGUUUUAAUAAUUGAGGGUUUGUCUUGUGAAGAUUAUCUAAUAAAUAAGUCAGCACUUAAUCAUUUAACUUCCAAACUAGAGCAUGAAUUAGAAAUCACAACUUGUGGUGCUAAUCAACAAUCAAUGAUUGAAACACUAGCUGCUGUUCCUCUUUUAGGAAUUCAAAAAAAUUACUUAAUUAAAGAAUAUGAGUCUUUAGAAUAUGAAACUGAAAGCUUAGAAGAUAUGAUGAAAUUGAUGAGGACAAUUUUUCCUAUCAGAUUAGCUAAAGACUUAGGUCCAGAUAAUCAAGAAAAUGAAAAUGCUUCAAAUGAACAUACCUCUACCAACAAUUUAAAUAUUCAAGACUUGCCUCAAAGCGACAAAUUUUCAAGAACAAAAUUAAUUAUGUCUCCAAGUAAAUUAAUUGAAAAUUCUUAUCCAUUACCUGUACCAGGAAGUUUAGGUCUAUUACAUUCAAAUUAUCAACAAACGAGUAAAUUUGAUUCUGCUACAUAUGCACAUGUAACUUCUAGAUCUCCAAUGUUUGCUAUAGAUUGUGAAAUGUGUAAAACAGUUAGUAAUAAUCUGGAACUUACAAGAAUAUCAAUUGUUGAUGAAAGUCUUCAUGUUGUUUAUGACACUUUUGUGAAACCAAGUAACAAAAUUAUUGAUUAUCUUACUGAAUUCAGUGGAAUAACAGAAAAAAUGUUGAAAGAUGAAAAGACUACUUUAGCAGAUGUGCAAAAAUAUAUUAAAGAAUUUCUUCCUGACGAUGCUAUUUUGUGGCGAACGAAGUCGUAAAUCUAAAUUAAAAAAUCUUGCUUCAUCAUUUUUGAAUGAAACUAUUCAAGAGGAUAAAAAUGGUCAUUGUUCUAUUCAAGAUGCACAAACUGCAAUG